GGAACACCCUUCCUUGUCCCUGUGUAGUUUCCGUAGCUCACCCAAACAUACCACAGCCCUUGGACCCCCGGGAGGGAGAUCGUAGGUAGGGGGUUGCUGAUGUCAGUAUGGAAAUUCAGCAGACGCACUUGAUUGGUGAUUGCCUCAUUCAUAUUUUUACGUUCCUGACUGAGGAUGAUUUAAUCAGUGCCUCGAGUGUGUGUAAGGAUUGGCAUGAUGCGGCAGAGACUGCUUGGUUAUGGAGGAGGAUGUGUCUGCAUCGCUGGAGUUUCUGUAACUUUGCUGUCUUGAGGAGCGAACACGUGAAUCACUCGUGGAAGAGAUACUACCUGCGACGUUGCCACUUGGAGAUGAAGAUGACGGAAGGACGGUCAGGAGCUUACACCUGCAAAAGCCUCAGGGGGCACACAGGCAGGGUGGUGGGGUUGGAAUACCUGCAGGGGAAUUCAGCCCAGUUACCUCACCUGUGGAACAUCAGUGCCACAGUUUGCAGCGCCUCUACUGAUGGCACAGUCCGAGCAUGGAACAUCCAAAAUGGUGAACUCCUGUGGUGCAGUAGUGUGCAGAGUCCUUUAACAGGGAUUGUAAGUGACGAACAGCAUGAAGUUGUGAUCACAGCAGACUCCACAGGCCUCAUCAAGACCUGGCAGGGUCAUGAUGGUCAGGAGGUGGCCUCGUUUUCUACUGCAUCACCACACUGUACGCUACUACAGUACAAUGUCAACAACAAUUGGUUUCUCACUGUUGGAACCAGUCAGGGGUCUUUGUGUACACUAGCUGAUUCAACUUUGACCAAAAAGUCAAGCAUAAUGGUGUGCGAUACCUUUAAAGUCAACAUACUCCUAGUUUCACCUGACAAGAAAUGGAUCGCAGCUGGAACCAAAGACAAUGAUGACUUAAGUCCAAAGGUGAUUUACACUGAGAGUUUGACCUCUCCGUCUGAGAACGAAGAUCCUCUGUGCCAGUCUGUGCCAGUCACUGGGUGCCAGACUGCUGUCUUCAUACCCACACAGCCUGCCAGACUGGCCGUCAUCCACAACGAGCACCCAAACAACAAAGUCCUCUCUGUGUUUGAUGUCAGCAUUAAAAAGACGAAAUACAAGUCAGAGAUCCAAGUCCAGCAGGUGGAGUCCUUCCCUUUAACCAUCAGGUCCUCACACAUCCUUCUGGAGGCCAAGGAUAGCAACUGCUUAGUGUUGGCAGCUGACCAUGAGCUCAGGGUCUACUCUCUGAAAGGAGCCCUACUUGCUAGCUUUAAAGAUCACAUGAUGCCUGUCACUUCUAUGUGUGUGGAUAGCUUCCGUGUGGUGACAGCAUCUCAGGACCUCUCCUUACGGGUGUUGACAUGGAGAAAUGACAGAGACCGUGGGCUGACCUUGGAGAGCCAAUACCACCUACUGGGAGGCUCUCACACAAUGUCCAGAGGGUUCACCCACGUCACCUGUGACUACUCCAGCAUUGUGGCCUCAGUAGAAGGGAAAGAUGGAAAAGAUGUCUUAAAAGCAUAUUCUUUCACCUCCUGAGCAUCACUACUGGAAAAGAUGCAUACAAGCCAUUUGCACGAUCCACUGGAAGGUGAAACAUUUGCUUUUAUUAUGAACUGUACAUCAUAUAUGCUUACAUUAGGAUGUUCUUUGGAAAGUUUAUGUUUAAAGAAAAUGGAUUUUAAUAGUUAUAGCUGGUGAGAAAUGCUAUGUUAUUGGAAAGGCAGUGAUACACUGUGUGAACAACAUAGAAGUCUGUGCAGGUACUAUGAUUGUGUUCUUCUAGCUGAGGCAUGUCAGUGUUGAAUGUUACAAGUUUUAAGGCAAAAUGUACCGUAAAAUAUACUUUGGUAACCUGUUCUUCAGUACGUUACUGCCAAGCACUGCUGACGUAAGAAAAUACUGAGGUGUAUUAGUGGAAUUAAUCUGCCUGCCAUUAAGGUUUAUAUUUGUCCCACUUUGACAAAAUCAGUUAAAACACAUUAAAACAUUUUGUUACAAGGCA